AUGUUUUCAACUGAUCCUAGAUUCCAAUAACAAUUCGGUCAAUAAACUAAUCAAAUUUAGAUUUCACCUAGAUAAAAUCAAUUUGUAAUAUAAUCAAUUUAUUAUAAUAGGUUCAAUCUCCGAGAUAAUUUUAAUAAUCUCCUAGAUAAUUUUAAUAAUCUCCAAGGUAUAACAAUGCCUAGAUGAUUUCUCCUUAGCAAAAAUAAUUAAUAGUUAUCAUUAUUAUAAAUUGUUUAGGGAUCACCUCAAUCGCAACAAUUGAAAUAGCUUCAAUUACAAUAAAGUCCAAUAAUGCCAACUAGUAUGAAAUAAUAAAAUCCUAUAAACAUAUAAAAUCCUAAAAACAUUAGAUCAACAAAUUAACCUUAAAAUAUUGCUUAAACUCAAAGUCCAAAAGUAAAUUGAUUAAUUAAUGUAUGAUUAGACAGCGUAACCUUAAAAAUAAGUUUAAGAAUUUAGACAUGUAGAAAGACCUUUGCAAGUAAUAACUGCUGAUGGUAAGAGUUCUAAUCAAUUUUAAAAGAAAUUGAAGCUCCCUGGAGAUUAAAAUGCUCAGCCUUAGAAAGAUAAAUUUUAGAAUUGCAAAUACAAAUUAGAAAAGACAAUGGAAAAAUUAUUGAGGAAAAUGUAUAAGAAGUGUAAGAUGAUACAAAAGUUAAAAACUUAUAAAACUAAAAGUAAGAAUUAGAAAAAAAGAUUUCUGAUGAUGAAGAAUUUAUACAACAAUAAAGAUAAAAGUUGGAAGAAUUAUAAUAAGAAUAUGAAAUUACAAUAACAGAAAAAAUUUCAUAUGCAUCAAAUGAAGUAGAAACGUGGAUCAAAAAAUACUCAAAUCUAGAAAAAAACUAUAAUGAUAGUUAAUAAAAAAUAUAAAAUCUUAAAAAAUAAUUAGCAUAAGUGGAAGCAGCUGAUAAAGCUAUAUAGGAUUAAAAGAGAAUGGAAACUAAAUAAGAAGUCAGAAAAAGUUCUAAAAUGUAUUGA